AUGGCCCAGUAUCUUGACGCUGAAUUAAAUCAGAUAAUUGGCGAUAUUACAAAUGAAAUCAAUACGUAUUAUUCAGUGUAUGGUCAUACAGGUUCUUUCGAGAUAUUAAUCGCCUUUUGGAAUAGGAUUUCCCUCAGUCUUGCAAAAUACGUACUAGAUAAUAGGUGUAAUGUUAUACCUAUCCAUCAAAACAACUUUUUAGCAUUCAUAAAAGAUAAAGAAGCUAUCGAAGAUAUAAAACAGGACCGUACUUUAUACGGAGCUGAUGCAAUAUUCUCAAAUUUAAGAGAUGCCCUGCAAAGAAUGGACCAAGAGGUUUGUAUUCGUGGGAUUAUCAAAAAAACGUUGGGAAAUGUAUUGACAAGAGCACGAUUUGAAAGACUUAGCGUUCAUGGAAUAAAAAUUUUAGAUUAUCUUACGCCUAGACAAACUGCAUCCAUUUCGCAAUUUCUACUUGCCUCAUUGAUCUGUCCUCAUCGACAGUUAGGCACGCCAACCUGCAAUAUGAACGCGAUCAUAAAUGCAGAGGCAACCAACCUUCCAGCGAGGUUGGCAAUGGUAUACUUGGACUUAUUGGUGAAAGACCCAGAUGAAAAGCUUUACAUGGCCAGUGAAGAUAACUAUAUGAUGAUCCGCGAAACCAUUCAGUACAAAGGCAAGUUAUACAUUAAGGUUUCUCCAAAGGACCCAGAGAUGGCUUGCAAUCAGAUAUACUUGCUUAGAAAAGAUGGAAUGGAUCCGUUUGGUUUCAUUUAUAUGGAUCAUCAGACAAUACUGGUUACGGUAAACAGUAUGUCGAAUCUUUUCCUUGGAUACAUGAUGGAAAACGUUUACACUCAAGUUCCAGUCAUCGACGCUUUCAUCUUAUCAAGGAAAUUGCCUGUAUGA